GCAGCCAUUACUCCUGUGAGUCAACACUGUUUUCCUCUGUUAUAAAACCUAUGACUUCUAAGAAUACUUAGACAUGCACAACGCCGGUUGUUGUUACAUGACCUAUAUAUUAGUAUGUACUUCAUAGUGAUGGUGAUAACCUCGCGUUUAGGGGCGUCGAUUGUUUUGUGAAAUGAACAGGAAUACUAUCUCGGGUGAAGAAAUACACCUUGUGGAGGCAAGAUUUCGGUACUAUACGUGUUAGGAAGACAUGAGCUCUUCAUUUGGAGAUCACGAAUUAUCUUUGUAUUUUGAUGCGACGACAACAAAAGCAGUAGCAUUGAAGGAUGGGACACGAUAUAUUAUUCCUAUUCAUCUAGAAGUGGAGGACACGCCCACUGUAGUGUUUCUGUUUGUCAUAUCAGCCAUCGGCGUGAUCGGUAAUCUGAUAACAAUCGGAAUUAUAAUUCGUGUGAAACACUUCCACAAGCCUACAUUCAUGGUCAUAGGAACGCUUGCAGUUGCGGACUUUUUGUCAUUGCUACAAUACGUAUGCCAUUUGAUGGUAGCGAGUAUCGAUAUGACGUUAGCAAAUGAUUACGGCAAACUUUUUAUGACGCUGGUUUAUAUCACAGCGCAUGCGUCGGCUUCUCACGUGGUGUUGUUGCUUGGACUACGUUACUACCUGAUCGCAAUGCCCCUUCAGGCGAGAACCGUGGGGACACGCAAUGUUAUAUCAGCGUCUAUUCUGAUGUGGAUUUUUAGUGUGAUAUUCGGUCUUGCGUAUUAUUUAGCCAGAUUCCAAGUGGAUGAAAAAUACGUAGGGAUUGUUGUUCUGCUAUUCAGGGGUUAUCUUAUCUUGGUUCCUUGUACAUUUAUGACUGUGCUUCAUACACGAAAGAUAUAUAAUCUGAAGAGAUCCGUCAGCUCGUAUCGAAUCAGCAAAGAAAUUAAGCGGAUGUCUACGAUGAUUCUUAUCAUUAUUAUGAUCUACAUUGUUUCAGCCAUUAUUUUCCCCAUUACUUUCGCGUUGAACUUUUUUCAAGUGCACAGUGAGCGUGACAGUAAGAUGAUACAGAUUUGCGGUCGUAUCACGUGGCUCAUUAACCUUUCCAUUAACCCUAUCAUUUAUUUCAUCUACAGCCCAAAGGUAAGACGUCGCAUCUCUUUGAUCUGGCGCCCAAAAGACACGAAGUAUCGGCUGUCUAAAAGUUCGACAACCAUUGUACGAACCAGUGUAAUCUGAUUACAAAUUAUUGUGUAAUCCCGUGAGGAUACGGACUAGGAUAGGUAAUUAGGACCCCUUGCUUGUCGUACGAGGCGACUAAAUGGAACGGUCCUUUGAAUGAGAUCGCAAAAAGCGAGGCCCUGUGUCACAGCAGGUGCGGGACGGUAAAGACCCUUCCAUGCUCGACGACCGUUUAAGCGCCGAGCAUAGCCCUAAAUUUUGCAGCCCUACACCGGCAAUGGUGACGUCUUCAUAUGAGUGAAAAAUUAUCGAACAGGACGUUAAACAAUAUACAAUCAAUGACAUUAUUGUUUAUCUGAUCAUUCAUUAGUCCAGACGGGAAUUAAUUACCAUUCACUAUAUUGCUUACUUUACGAUGGAUAUCAUCAUCAAUUAAUGAAUUGGAUUAGUCGGUAUGACACGAAUGCCCUCGUUGACAUUAAGGUUUGAAAUAUUUGAAAGUCCAUAAAUGUGAAAAUAGCAUUGGAUGCAAAUGAAAGAAAAUAGAAUUGAUAUCACGUGGUUAAAUAUGUAGUGAUGAGAAUUGAAUUUCAUUAGAUUUCAAAGACAUGUGUCCUAAGGCUACAUGUAGCAUCUCUCAAUCAAUCAGGUAUUGUUAGCAAAGGAUACUCGUGUUUGCAGCGCCAGAGGUGUGUGUGUGUGUGUGUGUGUGUGUGUGUGUGUGUGUGCGCGCGUGCGAUACUAAUGACUAACUUAAAGACAUAUUAUCGAUGUUUUGGAUAGAGAAAAUACACAUUGACUAAUCAGAGAAACUCUUUUGCUGGUUCCCUUUUGGGUGAAGAUAACGAACAGUGAUCAAUCUCAUAACUCCUACAAGCAAUACAAAAUAGAUAGUUGGGCAAACACGGGUGUUUCCCUUUCAGUCUCGUCAACCAUGAGUUCAUCUGAACGUUUAAUCCAUCAAUAAAAACUGACAAGAUAUGAAACUGCUUUGAUUGUGCGGAAAGUAGUUUUUCCACAAGUUGUUCUUCGAACGGAUAGGCAGACGAAGGCUCACCUAAUCAGCUUGGCUGUUUUAUUGCAGGAGAAAAUUUAAGGAGAUACACAUCUCCUAGUAUUAUAGAUUGGCUCAUUAGGUAGAGAACUUUCAAAACUGUCGUUAGAUCCAUGAAUUUGGGCAUAUUCAUCUUUAUUAUUUGAAAUGACUUCCGAUUUGUCGAAAUCUCAUGAAGAAGUUUCUGCAACUCUGACAGUUAAAAUUCUCAAAUCACAAAAAAAAAAGGGAAGAAAAAAAAACCCUGUAACAAUGUAAUCAGUCUCAGGUAACUUCACAUCUACUCCACCAGGAACUACAUUUUGUGGCGGAAGAAUUGUUUAAUCAAAAAGAUUCUAAAUCUGCAUUAUUUUACAGGUUCCGGUUUAUAUCGUCAAUUUUUAUACCCCUAUACUUGUAUUUCAAUUUUAUAAUUUAUGAUACAAGUAGUUGAGACUAGGAACUAAUUCAGAUGUUGUAAUUAAUUAAUUUGAUUUAAAAAAAAAAGAAUAGGCCCUCACAUCAAUAUCCCUUGUUUGUCGAAAGAGACAACUAAAUGGGGCGGUCCUUUGGAUGAGACCGCAAAAACCGAAGCCCCGUGUCACUGCUCAGAGGCCGUAAGCGUCGAACAUAGACAUAUAUUAUGCUAUUCUGCACCGGCAAUGGUGACGUCUCCAUAUCAGUGAAAAAUGCUCGAGAGUGAUGUUAGGGACCGGUCAAUAUUUAUGGGGGAUUGGGUUGGGACCGGUGCAUUCCAUAUAUUUCCAUUUAAAAAGAAACCUCUAUGCUUUAACUUCUAAGAAUAUAAAAAAGUUCCUGUCCUAUAUCAGACGUGUAAUAAAAAUGUGUGUAGCCUAUCUAAUAAAUCAAUAUAUAUGCAUGAUUAAACAUUUUCACUUCAUUUUAAAAUUCUCUGGGGUUCUUCAUAAUUAUCACUUUAAAAAUGUUAUAUCAGCUGAGGGAUUCAAGUUCACUUUGCCAUGUUUGUUCGGUGAUUUUCUAGUGAAGUUACAAAUCUCAUUAUUUUCAUCUUAUUUUUUCUUAAAUUGUUGUGUUACAUUUUGCUUAUUUUUUAAUUACUGUUUCACCGAAUUGUUGUCUCAUGUACUUACAAGUAUGUUUCACAUCUCAUUAUUCUCUAUGAAAGGCAGUCAAAAUCAGUGUGCCAAGAACGGCCUAACAAUCGGUAUGAAACAUGUCAGACAGCAUUUGACCCAAUGAUAGGUUGUAAUGGCAAACUAUCAAAUUAUUAAAGAUGUGUUUAGACUUUAGUUCAAUUCUGGUCUGUAUCAUUCAAGCUAUGACAAACAUGAUAUACCAUUUUUUUUAUUUUCUAUGAUUGAAAUCCGUACUCCGUGCAAAAAUUACAUGUAAUUUUUGCAAUUUUAUUAACAACUGAAUACUUCUUUUGUGAUUUUUAAUUGCAUGUUUUGAUAUUAAAAUUUUUCAAAGGUCCAGUAUUUUAUUGCAAAUUGUUUGUACUAUAUUCAACUUGGCCAUGAAAUAAAGCAUGCAUACAAUUCAGUAUUAUUGUUUGUAAGAUAGUUGAAUUAAAAGUUUGAAAUACUUCAUUAUAUUUUUUGUUCAAUGCUACAUUUGCAACAAAAAAUAUAAUUGUCCUAUCAGUGUUGAAAAUAAAAAAAAGUUGGAGUCCUAUCAGUAUGUAAGUCAAAAUAAAUGUGUGUCCUAUUGCAUUUUGCACCGGUCCCAACCCCCCAAUAAAUAUUGACCGCUCCCUUAAACAAUAUACAAUCAUGAAUAAAUCAAUGCUUUAUUGUUUGCAAUGAAGUUUGCGAAUGAGAUUCCAAAAAGAAAGUAAUAUAUUAUAAGACGCAUAUAUAUACAUGUGCAUAAAAAUUGCAUAGUUAAAUAGUCGGUAUGAAACCUAAUGGAGUUUUAGUGUAUUUUAUAUAUCAGUAAAGAUGUUUAUAGUCAUUAAAAGGGAAAAGUAAAGAAAAGAAAAAUUACGAAACAUAUGUAUCUUGUUCGUUUGUAAUCAAGCUUUUAUGCCACCAUCAAACAAACAAACUUUGCAAUAAUUCCUUUAAAUGUUUGUGCUAAAUCGGAAACCUAUAUUAUAUGUAUAAAAUAAUCCUCCUGUUUAUCAACUACAACCACAUUUUAAUUUGUGACUCAUUUUACACACAACCAUACACUUUUCCUGUACCCUGCUGCUUGACACGGACUUCCAUUUGAAUUAUUCACCCAAAGUCAAUAAAAGCGUGCAAUCGAUGUCGCCGGCACUUUAUUAGAAAAUAAGCUAUAUCAAAUCAUAUAUUUUGUGUGCCAUACAUUCAUGGACCCAUAGCCUCCCUAGGCAUGGCAUACUUUUUAUUUCCCCUUUACUUAUAAACUUGGUAGGAAGCGUAGAUACCCUAAUUUUGUAACAUACGUGGCUGUCGCCGACUCAAUUUUUAAAAUUGAACAAGCAAAUAUAAAAAUCUGAGAGCGUGUUUUUUAAUUUUCUUUGCGUUUAUAUCAUUUGUAUUUCCUAAAUUUUCAUUCAAUAAAAGUUUAACACC